AAGAAGGUGUAUGUGGCGGUGGGGAAGGACGUGAAGGAGGGGAAGGCGACGCUGGUGUGGGCGAUAGAGAACAUGGCGGGGCCAAAAAAGGUCGUCGCCCUCGUCCUCGUCCAUGUCCAUUGCCCCCCGAAGAUGAUAUCCAUCAUGGGUUGCAGGUUCCCUGCAAGCAAACUCAAAGAGCAGGAGGUGACUGCACACCGAAAGCUGGAGAUGUCGUCCAUUUAUAAAACUAUGAAUGCAUACCUUAAUAUAUGCUCAAGUAAAAAGGUGCGAGCUGAGAAAGUAGUUAUCGAGAGAGAUGAUGUUGGGGAAGGACUUGUAGAGAUUGUUGCAGAUCGUGGGAUUACGAAGCUCGUCAUGGGAGCAGCGUCAGAGAAGCAAUAUUCAAGAAAAAUGAAGAUGCCCAAGUCAAAGAAAGCGCUCAAUGUACAAAGGCAUGCUCGUCCAUCAUGUGCGAUCUGGUUUGUUUGCAAAGGGAAUUUGAUAUGCACCAGGGAAGCUGGCAAACAAGGUUUUGGAAUGAUGCAGCCACCUAUAGCGGGCCAAAGAUCCGGAUUUAGCAGAUUAGAAGACCAAUUAUUUGUAGCCUUGCCUCUAGUGCGGCACAAAUCAUUGACAUGGACUCCAAAACCCAUGCAGGACAUUUGGAAAGAAAGAAAAAGCUCUCUCACUUCAGAUUCUAAUGGAGAGACGAAAGCCGUAACAUUACUCCAUGAAGUGUCCAAUGUGUCAACUCCAAGUAGUUGGUCAAGUGCAGAGGAUAGCAUUUCCGACCGCUGGGAUGAUAUUUCGAGUUCUAACGGGCUGAAGAGCUCAUCGGAAUACGUGCAAAGAAAAGAAGAUGAUCAUCAAGUUGUGUGUCCACCUCAUCAAUUGGAAAAGGAUCUGACAAACCAUAAAUUGUAUGAAAAACUACGAAGUGCACUUGAAGAGGCAGAAAAAUUAAAGCGCGAGGUUUAUGAAGAGACAUGCCGACGCCAAAGAGCUGAAAGAGAUUUAUAUGAGGCUAUGCAGAAAGUCAAAGCAUCAGAUGUUCUGCACAUCAAGGAGAUGAAACAAAAGAAAGAAAUGGAAGAAAAACUAACAAGAGAAAUGGUGGAAGCAGAAAAACUCAGAAAACAGAGAGAUGAAGCCCUUGAUGAACUCCAAAACGAACACGAGAAUAAAAUCGCAUUGGAACACCAAAACAUUCAUUUAGAGCUUCGUAUCGAGGAAUUGCUGCUGCAACGAGAUGAUGCAGUUAGAGAAGCAGAAGAGUUGCGUAAACAAAAGAGGGAGCAAACUGCAACUACUCAAGGAACUGUGAAUGUUGUGGAGUUCUCGUACUCGGAGCUUCAGCUGGCGACAAAUGACUUUGACAACUCCCUGAAGAUUGGCGAAGGUGGAUAUGGAACGGUAUACAAGGGUUUUCUCCAUCACACUGCUGUAGCUAUAAAGAUAUUAAACCCUCCAACAUUGCAUUCGCAGUUUUAUGAAGAGGUUAAUGUUCUCAACAAAGUGAGACAUCCAAACCUUGUAACCCUCAUCGGAGUAUGUAUGGAAUUUCCUGCUCUAGUUUACGAGUUCAUGCCUAAUGGAAGCUUAGAAGACCGACUAAUCUGCACGAAUAACACAAAGCCUCUUACUUGGCAGCAUCGAGUCCGAAUUAUGUCUGAGAUCUGCUCUACCCUGAUUUUUCUCCAUUCUUCUAAUUUAAAUGUAGUUCAUGGUGAUUUAAAACCUGCAAACAUUCUUCUUGAUGCAAACUAUGUGGCGAAAAUCGGUGAUUCUGGUAUUUCUCGGUUGAGCGACCAAUGCAAUGAGAAAACAACCCUCUACAAUAAAACCCACCCUAAGGGCACUUUCGCCUAUGUGGAUCCUGAGUACAUUAUUACAGGGAAUCUCACACCGCAAUCUGAUGUCUAUUCUUUCGGGCUCGUAAUAUUGCGCCUGUUAACGGGCAGAUCAGCUUUUGGGCUAGCCAGAGAUGUUGGAGAGGCUAUGGGAAAAGGUUCUUUGCAAGCAAUAUUGGAUCGAUCGGCGGGAGAUUGGCCCUUUUUGCAGGCUGAAAAUUUGGCACAGGUUAGUUUGCGGUGCUGCGAGAUUAAAAGAAAGAACCGGCCUAAUCUUGCAAGCGAGGUUUCGAAGGUGCUUGAGGCUAUGAUGAAGUCUGCUUCUUUGGGGUUGGCCUCCUUGUCUUUUCGAUCAGUUUCUGAAGAUGGUCGCGGGAUUCCAUCCUACUUUAUUUGUCCAAUAUUGCAGGAGAUCAUGAGGGAUCCGGUCAUCGCAGCGGACGGUUUCACCUACGAAGGCGAGGCCAUUCUGGGAUGGCUCGAGAGCGGCCACUUGACAUCGCCGAUGACCAACCUUAAGCUUCGGCACUCCGAGCUUAUCCCAAAUCACGCACUGCGGUCCGCAAUCCAAGAAUGGCUACAGCAGCAAGAAUGAUUUUUUUUUUUCCCCCCUUGACUUCACUUGUCUGUAUGAUGCAUGUUUAGAUAAAUAAAUAAAUAAAUAAAUAAAUGUGUAUACAGAGAAAAAGGAGUGAAAGUGAGGGGGGAGGGAACUGUAAUGGCAUUUUUCUAUGCUGAAUCAAAUGUGAUGCUAUAGCCUUUUAGAUAUACGUUUGGCUCCUUCCCUUGAAUUUUUUGAUUGGUAAUUUGUCUUUAUGAAUAUAUAUAGUGGAAUUGGUAUGUGAAGAGACAGAGAUUUAAUCUAUUUAAUAAAUGAAUGUUAAAGGUGUGGAUCGAA